ACAGAGGGUGGCGACUGUGGGGUGUGCAGGUGUGCAAGGGGGUGUGUGUGCACGCGUGUGCACAGCUGUAUGCGUGUGCGUGUGCACCAGUGUGUGCUGCGGGAGCGGCGGUGUUGUGUGUGCAUACUUGGAGCCGAGACGGGCGAGUGUGCAAAGGGCUUGUGCAGGGCUGUGCGUGUGCACCCCAGGAGCAGAGGUCUGGGGUGUGUGUGUGUGCAGAGCAGUGCACACUGCAGGGUGUGUGUGUGUGUGUGUGUGCAGAGCGGUGCACGCUGCAGGGUGUGUGUGUGUGUGUGUGUGUGUGCAGAGCGGUGCACGCUGCAGGGUGUGUGUGUGUGUGUGUGCAGAGCAGUGCACGCUGCAGGGUGUGCGCGUGUGCGCGUGCCCGCAGCGCUGAGGCCGCGGUGUGGGCGCAGCCAUGGCCCCCCGCUGGCCGCCCCUGCUGCUGCUGGCCUGUGCCCUGGCGCUGCUGGCCGGGCGCCCCGGCGCCGCCGGCCCCGCGCAGCCCACCUACCCCGGGGACCACGCGCCCACCGAGGACCUGCUCCGCUUCUACAACGACCUGCAGCAGUACCUCAACGUGGUCACCAGGCACCGAUACGGCAAGCGGUCAGGCGGGCGGGCGCUGUGCGAGGAGCCCCUCGGCGCCGCGGGGAACUGACCCCCAGGGACACCGCUGGGACCGAACUGGUGAAGAGGAGCUCAGGGUGGGGGGACACAGCCCACACCGCCGCCACCACCCGGGGCCGGGUGCCCCCACAAUAAACCCCCUUGCAUUCA